AUGAAUGUUCCGAGACCACACGAGAAAGUAGCCGAUGAUGGAGCUGAUUCUUCCGAAAAGAUGGCCUCCUUCCGCAACCACCGCAUCGUAAUCGCCUCCCUCUUCCUCCCAACGACUGCCGUCCUUGGCGAGUCCAGUCCCCCGACACCCGACCGCUCGCCCCAGACAACAGCGAGCGAUGCUGAGACGACAAUACCCGCUGUAGCGGAUCGCCUCGCAGCUGCGGUCGCCGGCGGGGGAGGCAAGCCCAAGCCCAUCAAGCCAUCACUCAUCACGACGAACUCGCACACACGGCAACCGAGUGGAGGAGGACCGCUCAAGAGCAUCGUCGAUGACCUGAAGGACAAGAGCCGUUUCGCCACACCAGCGACCCGCUCCCCUACGACAGAGGUGUCUAACCCAUUCACCAAGUUGACGCGGUUCGUGCUCGAUUCCGAACCUACCGCGACACCGAGCGCCCCGCGGAAGCACCAGACGACACACCCGGAGUCUCAGUCUACCCCUCGGCUGAAGCGGAAGCAAAGUCGCUCGCAAUCACGGCGAGCACCGUCCCAGGCGCCCCAGUCCCCGACGGUCGACUCUCCUGUAUCGCAGACAUGGCAUAUGGAGCCCAACACGCAUUGUAAUGGCGGUCUGAAGAACGCCGUCGACAGCGUUGGUGAGAGGAUGAAGAAGAAGCUUUGGGUAGGCACACUCGGGACGCCGACGGACGGGUUCGGGGAGGAUCUCAGGAAGGAUAUCGACAAACGGAUGCUGGCCCAGCACGCCAGUCUGCCGGUGUGGAUCCCGGAUGCAGAGUUCCAGAGCUGCUACGAUGAGUUCUGCCAUCAGGUGCUCUGGCCAUGCCUGCAUUAUGCCGUCCCCGACGCGCCAAAGACCAAGUUCUUCUACGAAUCAGCCGCAUACAAGCAAUACGUCUCCGUAAACCAGCGCUUUGCGGACGCCAUCAUCGCUAAAUACCAGGAUGGCGAUAUCAUCUGGGUGAAUGACUACCACCUCCUGCUUCUCCCGCUCCUGCUUCGACUCUCACCCCAGAUUCCGCCCAGCGCACCCAUAGGCUUCUUUAUGCACGUAGCAUUCCCGUCUUCUGAGAUCUUCAGAUGCUUGUCAGUACGAAAAGAUCUAUUGAGAGGCAUGCUGGGUGCAGACCUCGUUGGGUUCCAAACGGCCAACUAUGCGAGACAUUACCGGCAGACUGUCAGCAGGAUUCUCAGCUUCGAGGCUCUCCCUCGAGGCAUUCAAGUUCCGGAAGGUGAAGGGCUUACGGUGGAGGAGAUGCGGGAGAAGCUGCUUGGCGAGGAGGCAAAGGAAAGGCGGGUGCGGGAUGGUGUCGUGGAACGAGGGAGAUUCGUCGACGUUGCAGUGUUCCCUAUGGGCAUCGAUGUGCGGCAGUUGCACAAGCGGAAACGGGAACCCGAGGUCGCAGAAUGGGUCUCCGUCCUCCGUCAGCGGUAUGCAGGGAUGAGGCUCGUUGUCGGCCGUGAUAAGCUGGACGAGAUCCAAGGCGUGCGGCAUAAGCUCCUCGCCUUUGAGGCGUUCCUCGAUAAAUAUCCCGACUGGCAGGGCAAGGUCGUGCUCAUCCAAGUCGCUUUGCAGACAACCGAGUCAAACGAGCUUGCGGGCAAUGUCGCCGACGUCGUCUCGCGCAUCAACUCACGCUUCUCGACGCUCACGUACCAGCCGGUCGUGUUUUUGCACACGCAAGACCUGACGUUUAGCCAGUACCUCGCGUUGUUGACGGUGGCGGAUGCAUUCAUUGUCACGAGCUUAAGGGAGGGUAUGGCCCUUAGGACGCACGAGUAUGUCGAGUGCCAAGACGGAAGAUACAGGCCGCUCAUCUUGAGUGAGUUUACUGGCAGCUAUAGCUACAGUGGAUUCAGGUCCUGCAUUGCCGUCAACCCUUGGGACAGGAGAGGUACGGCGAACGCCAUCCAGCAGGCGUUGACGAUGAGCGACGAGGAGGCGCGCUCCCGUUGGGAGGACCUACACAACCACGUUACCGCACAGACGGCGCAGACAUUUGUUACCACCUUCCUCAACAGAUGUGUACGCGCAAACACUGAGCACACCGCUUCGCUCGAAGACCCAUCCUCUCUCUCCUCGUUCUCCGCCAUCCCCGCUGUCACCACUGCCCUCCUCGUCCCGAAAUACAAGCACUCUGAGAAACGACUCAUUUUGGUGGACUUCGAGGGCACACUCUGGCGCCGGGACCUCACGAAGAAGGGCUUGCAGGAACUGUUGGGCAUUGGUUCGAAGGCGAAAGAGGGAGGCGAGAAGAUCGUUCUGCCUGCUGAGGUGGAGGACGCGAUUGCGGUGCUGGGGAGGCUGGCGGAGGAUAGAAGGAACGAAGUGUGGUUGCUUAGUGGCUUGAGGGUUGGAGGUGUGCUGGAGGCGGUAGCGGAGCGGGUGCCCAAGGUUGGCAUUGUUGCGGAGAACGGUUGCUUCAUCAAGACGCGCGCCGUCGGGAUCAGCAGCGGCAAGCCAUACGGAGGAGAAUGGAUCAACAUGGUCGCCAACUUCAACCUGUCGUGGAAAAGCUCCUGCCUGGAAAUUCUCAACUACUUCACGGAGCGUACGCCAGGCUCGUUCAUCGAAGAGCGUCAGGCGUCGAUGGUUUGGCGUUUCUGGACUGGCGAGACCAUGGACCACCCCGAUCGCCAAUGGGCGCAGAGGCAAGCUGCUGAGGCACAGAACCACAUCUUCGACAGUCUCGGAGAACGAUACGGGCUCCGAAUCAUCCCAGGCCGCAACAGCUUCCUCGUUCUCCCAAACAACAUCUCUCGCUCAACCGCUAUCGGGGCCAUCCUCCACCCAGGUGGGCCAGCACGCUCACCCGUCACCUCCCACAGUUCUUGGAUGACUGCCUCAGCUUCCGACGGUCUAUCCAGAACGGCUUUUGGCCUAGACGAGGGCGGUUUUGGCGGGUUCAAUUCAGGCGACGUGGGCGGCACGCACGACGUAGACUUCUUGCUCGCAGUUAGCUCCGAUGAGAAGCUUCUGAGGAGGCUGAACGAGUUCGACGGCGCUGAGACGGUGAGCACAAGUGGGAAGGGGACCGACGCGAAGUGGAAGCUCGAGAGUGAGGAGGCGGCAGGGCUGUUGAAGGGCCUUGCCGCUGUAAACUGA